ACAGAGCUUCAGCAUAUAAAAGGGCAACUCCGCAUCUUUACUCUUCGCCAUUUCAAGAGGAGUCUUUGCUUCGGUCUUCAUCUCCAAAAAGAUUUGUAGAACAUGGCUGAUGCUGAGGAUAUCCAACCUCUUGUCUGUGACAAUGGAACCGGAAUGGUCAAGGCCGGAUUUGCGGGCGACGAUGCACCCAGAGCAGUAUUUCCUAGCAUUGUAGGUCGACCACGUCACACUGGUGUUAUGGUUGGGAUGGGCCAAAAGGAUGCCUAUGUGGGCGAUGAAGCUCAAUCCAAAAGAGGUAUCCUCACAUUGAAGUACCCAAUUGAGCACGGAAUUGUUAGCAAUUGGGAUGACAUGGAGAAGAUCUGGCAUCACACCUUCUACAAUGAGCUCCGUGUUGCCCCUGAGGAACACCCUGUGCUCCUUACUGAAGCCCCUUUGAACCCGAAAGCAAACAGAGAGAAAAUGACCCAGAUCAUGUUUGAAACUUUCAAUGUGCCAGCAAUGUAUGUUGCCAUUCAAGCCGUCCUUUCUCUAUAUGCCAGCGGCCGUACAACCGGUAUUGUGCUUGAUUCUGGUGAUGGUGUGAGCCACACUGUCCCAAUUUAUGAGGGAUAUGCACUUCCACAUGCUAUCCUUCGUUUGGACCUUGCUGGCCGUGAUCUUACUGAUUCUCUGAUGAAGAUACUCACCGAGAGAGGAUACAUGUUCACUACAACCGCAGAGCGGGAAAUUGUGAGGGACAUAAAGGAGAAGCUCGCUUACGUCGCUCUUGACUAUGAACAAGAGCUCGAGACUGCAAAGAGCAGCUCUGCUGUAGAGAAGAACUACGAGUUGCCAGAUGGACAGGUGAUCACCAUUGGAGCUGAGAGAUUCAGAUGCCCGGAGGUUCUUUUCCAACCAUCGAUGAUCGGUAUGGAAGCUGCUGGAAUUCACGAGACGACUUACAAUUCGAUUAUGAAGUGUGAUGUGGAUAUCAGGAAAGAUUUGUAUGGUAACAUUGUGCUCAGUGGGGGAUCAACUAUGUUUCCUGGUAUUGCUGAUCGUAUGAGCAAAGAGAUCACUGCUCUUGCUCCGAGCAGCAUGAAGAUUAAGGUUGUCGCUCCACCUGAGAGGAAGUACAGCGUCUGGAUUGGAGGUUCAAUCCUCGCCUCCCUCAGCACCUUCCAACAGAUGUGGAUCUCCAAGGGAGAGUAUGAUGAAUCUGGCCCCUCUAUUGUCCACCGCAAAUGUUUCUGAGUCGAGUUUGGUUAUGGUUUCUUUUAACGCUGUGUCAUGUAAUCUCGGUUUGGUUAUUGUGGUUCUUUGAGGGACUGUGCUGGUGUCUUUUUAAUGCUUAUGAGAUCCAUGUGUACCUUUAUAAGAAGAUGGGAGUUUUUUUGCUUGUUGCUUAUGAGUACUGUCAGUAUCAGCAGUUGCAGCAGACAUAAUAGUUUAAAGGUCCAUGUUGUUUGUUAUGCUUUU